GUCCGAUCCCUAUCUGUUUGGAUUCUGGAAAGAAACCUUCACCGACCAGGACAGAAAUAAGCACCCCACCAGGGCAGCCAAACCAGAAGCCAUAGAAAACAUGCCCUCAGGUGCUGAAAUCCCAAGAGGCAACGCCAUCCCUCCAGAGAAUCUCAAACUGGGAAAUCCCGGGCCAGGACAGCAUAACAUACCGCAGCCAAAAGGUGCUCCAGGACAGCCCCAACCGGCAAUAAAUGCAGGUCAAGGCGUCGCAGGGAAGAGAUGUUGCAUACAGUAA